AUUUAAAAUGGCAGACAACAAGCAAAAGAUAAAAAUCUUAAAGACAAGCCAUCAAAUCAGUUCUUCUGCGGCUAAUCCUCAUAAUACUUAUUUAGAUGCAAGAGAAGCUUAAGAAUUAUCAUAGUUGAAUCGUCUUGAAUUCCCAAACGAUAUUAAUAUAUACGCUAAUAUUCUUGAAUGGUACAUUAGAACAUUAGGAGACGAACUCUAUAAAUUAGCAUUUAUUAAUAAGGAUAAAUUCUAUAGAAUUAAAGUUUUUUGGCCCACAGAUUAUGAUGCUUAUUUAUUUAAUGAUCAAAAUGCAAUGUAGAUUGAAAAUCUCAACUAGUAGAGACCAAUCCAGUAAGAUAAUAUUAGAUAUUAUCUUAAUCAAUUCUAAGGUUUUGAAAUAGAAGAUUAUUUUGAUGUUAUAAUCUUUCCAAAAAUUGAAAAGUAAAAAAAUGAAAUGCCAGCAUAAAAUAUUGGAUAGACAGGAUAGACAGGAUAUACAGGAUAGACAGGAUAUACAGGAUAGACAGGAUAGACAGGAUAUACAGGAUAGACAGGAUAAACAGUAUAGAAAUUAGAGUUAAGGGUUCUAGUCAAUCCAUUUACUUAUUAUAUAUCUAAUUUUUCUGAACCAAAGUUUUAAAUGGAAACAACAUACUCUAAAAUUUAGGGUCUUGAGUUGUUUGUGGAGUAUGAAACUAAACAAUUUCUUACAAAUACCAUAGAUAUUUUAAGCGAAUUGACCAAUUACAUUUUAUCAAAAUACGUUUUAAGAUAGGAGUAUAAAUAAGAAAAGAUAAUAAUAACAAACGAUUAAUUGAGAAAAAGAAUAGCACCCAUAAUAAAAGAAGAAACAAGAGUGGUUCUAUAUGAAUUAUAUAAAGAUUUAUGA